AUGGCGACGCAGACCCGCGAGGAGCAGGAGGCGGUGGCCACUCGCCUUUUCGAGGCCAUCCAGCUCGCGCCUGGAACUCUAGCAGGGGCGAUCAAGAAUGUCAAGUUCAGGCAGGCCCUGGUGCAGACCGUGCGCGAAGCAGGCGUCGAGUCGGGGUGCACCAAGCAGCAGGGCGCUCUGCUUUACACCGUAGCCAGCAAGUACCCUGGGAACGCGCUGGUGCAUCGCAAGACGCUGCUGGAGUACAUUACGUCCGACAAGCUGAAGGCGCGUCGGGCCUGGAGCAACGCCCAGCUGGACGCCGCGCUGGAGUUCCUUGCCCAGACGGGGUCGGAGCCGCUGGACGCCGGGGCGCUGGACGAAGCGGCGGGGGUGGGCGUGGUCGUGACCCCGGACCAGAUCUCGGCGGCGGUGGCGAGCACGCUCGCCCAGCACGCGCAGCGCCUGCAGGAGGAGCGGUACCACGCCAACACCAACGUGCUGCUGGCGGAGAUCCGGGCGGGGCUGAAGUGGGUGGACCUCGCGGCGGCCAAGGCGGAGCUGGAGCGCCAGGUGGAGGCGCUGCUGGGGCCCAAGACCGAGGCGGACUGCGUGAAGCCGGAGAGAAAGAAAAAGAUCAAGGAGGAGGCCUGGCGCACCGCCGACCCGUACGCCUUCCUGCCCCGACCCGAGGAGAACAACAAGUGCCACACCACCGUGGCCUUCUCGGACGGGAGCCAGCUCAGCAUCUCCAACUCCGCAGAGCGGCUGGCGGAGCACCUGCGCGCCACGGGGGGGCGCGUGGUCACGCGCUUUCCUCCCGAGCCCAAUGGCUACCUGCACAUCGGGCAUGCCAAGGCCAUGUUCGCGGAGAAGCGGGAGUAUAUCGACCACAUCCAGGAGAUCAUCGCGUGGAUGGGGUGGACGCCCCACCGGGUCACCUACUCCUCCGACUACUUUGACCGCCUGCACGAGCUGGCGGUGCAGCUGAUCAAGGGGGGGAACGCCUACGUCUGCCACCAGACCGGCGAGGAGAUCAAGGAGUCGCGGGAGAAGCGGGAGCCCAGCCCCUGGAGGGACCGGCCCAUCGCCGAGUCGCUGCAGCUCUUCGAAGACAUGCGCCGGGGUCUAGUGGACGAGGGCAAGGCCACGCUCAGGAUGAGGCAGGACCACAGGAACGACAACUACAACAUGUUUGACCUGAUCGCGUACCGCAUCAAGUUCACGGAGCACCCCCACGCCGGUGACCGGUGGUGCAUCUACCCCUCCUACGACUACACCCACUGCCUGGUGGACGCGCUGGAGAACAUCACGCACUCCCUGUGCACGCUGGAGUUCGAGUCACGCCGCGCCUCCUACUACUGGCUCCUGGAUGUCCUGGACACCUACAAGCCCGUGGUCUGGGAGUACUCCCGCCUGAACAUCACCAACAACGUGCUGAGCAAGCGCAAGCUGAACCGGCUGGUGACAGACCGCUACGUGAACGGCUGGGACGACCCCCGGCUCCUGACCCUGGCUGGGCUCAGACGGCGGGGCGUUACCCCCAAGGCCAUCAACAACUUCUGUCGUGAGAUGGGGGUCACCCGUACGGAGGGCGAGGUGUACCUGCACAAGCUGGACCACCACAUCCGCAUCGACCUGGACGCCACCUCGGCGCGGCGGCUGGCCGUGCUGCGCCCGCUGCGCAUCACCAUCACCAACCUGGCGGAGGGGCAUCGGGAGGAGGUGGAGGCCCAGGACUUUCCUGGGCGGGGUGGGGGGGUGUACACGGUGCCGUUCACGCGGGUGGUGUACAUCGAGGCGACGGACUUCCGGGAGCAGGACUCCAAGGACUUUUACGGGCUGGCGCCAGGGAAGACCAUCAUGCUCAGGUACGCCUACCCCAUCACGUGCACGGGGGUCAAGAAGGGGCCAGGCGGCGAGGUGGAAGAGCUGGAGGCCACAUACGAGCGCGACUUCCGGGGCGAGGGCAGGAAGCCCCCCAAGGGUGUGCUCAACUGGGUGGCCCAGCCGAAGCCGGGGGUGGAGCCGCCCUCCUUUGAGGCCAGGCUGUACGACACCCUCUUCACCACCCAGUCCCCGGGGGGGAGCGAGACCUGGCUGGAGGAGCUGAACCCCAACUCGCUGGCGGUGGUGCAUGGGGCGCUGGCCACCCCCGCCCUCGCGGCGGCGCGCGUCGGCGACAGGUUCCAGCUGGAGCGUCUUGGCUACUUCACCGUGGACCCAGACAGCAGAGAUGAUGCCAUGGUUCUCAAUCGCACGUGUGCGCUCAAGGACUCCUUCGCAAAGUAG